ACACGUCCUCUGUACAUUUCCAGAGGCUUAUAAUAUCUCUUCACGCCUAUUGCUCUGCUCUUGCUCUUGGAUUCUUCAAGACGGAGUAUACCAAAGCGAAAUCGGCCUACAUAGACAGAAAGGAGAGAGAGAGAGAGGAACACUUUUCUCUGUGAAAUUGGCUCAGAAAAUUAUUCAAUUUCCCCAUCUCCCCUCUAUCAGGUUGGUAAUCUUGUGAUUGUACGGCUAUGGCUGUCACCGUGAAGCAGAUCUCAUUGACAGUGGCCUUUUUCGGUGUGCUCUCGUUCGUUUUCGGAGUGAUUGCCGAAAACAAGAAGCUAGCAGCGGUGGCAUUGGCAAACCAUGCUGCUCAACCAGCACCUCAACUUUACUAGAACUCCGUCCUGCCAAACACACAGAUGCCAAGAGCUAUCAGUGAACUUCUUCAUCCUGACUCCACAAAUGAAGAAAAGAGCACAAAUAUCAUGAAUGCUGUUGGGAAUGGAAAGCCAACUGACCACAAGGGUAAACCUGAAUUUAUCCCAUUGGGAAUGGAAAAAUACGGGAAACGUUAUGGUCCUUCCACUGACAAUCCACUCCAUUAUAAAAACGCAACUAUCUACUUCUUCGAGAAGGACAUGCGCCCUGGCGCAACAAUGAACUUCCAAUUCCCUAGAAAUUCAAACACGGCUACUUUCCUGCCACACGAAAGUGCUCAAUCGAUCCCCUUCUCCUCUAACAAACUAUCAGAAAUUUUCAACCAUUUUUCAGUGGAGCCAACAUCUGUGGAAGCCAAAACAAUUAAGGAAACAAUCGAAGAGUGUGAAGCUCCAGGCAUUAAGGGAGAGGAACGAUAUUGCGUCACAUCUUUAGAAUCAAUGGUUGAUUUUAGCACUUCGAAGCUUAGAACAAGAAACGUUCAAGCAAUCUCGACGGAGGUAUUGGAAAAAGGAGCCACCAUGUCCAUGCACAAGUAUACAAUAAUGCCUGGACUGAAGAAGCUGGCAGGUAACAAAGUCGUCGUGUGUCAUAAGCAGAACUAUCCCUAUGCUGUGUUUUACUGCCAUGCAAUAAAACCAACGGCAGCUUAUGUUCUCUCCCUGAAAGGCGAUGAUGGGGUGAAGGUUAAAUUAGUAGCGGUCUGCCAUCUAGACACAUCAGACUGGAACCCAAAGCAUUUGUCCUUCCAAAUCCUCAAAGUUAAGCCCGGAACCAUUCCCAUCUGCCAUUUCCUUCCCACUGAUCAUAUUGCCUGGGUUCCGAACCACAAAUCUGCAUGAUCAUCACUUAGCACUGUACGUAUAAUAAGCUUGGUCGGGUUGCACCCCUGUAUAAUUAUCUCCCUACUUAUUGCUGCCUCUUCAUCAUGUGGUGUAAAUGAUGAGUUGAAGUUUUUGGGAUUAGUGGUCGGGUUGCCUAAAAAACGCAGAUUACAGAAACUGCUUGAAAUUAACCCGAUCAUGUUCUCUCUUGUAACUAUAUAGACUUCAACUUGUACU